AUGACACAUGUAAAACCCUGCCGUUCUGUUUUGUUCAUCACGCUACAUGCACUUGGAUUCUAUUUGUGGGUUUGUGUGGUUUCAAUAAUCAUCAUUCACCGGAAAAUGAGAUUUUGUAUUGUGUGCGGUAAUUCUGAAGACGACGUAAAGCAUUUAUUUUGCUUUCCCCGUAGCGCAGACAGGUCGCAAAUAUGGCAGGAAGCUAUGGGAAUGAAAUAUAGACCACUAUGUGGCCAUGUUAGAAUCUGCAAUGAGCAUUUCACAAAAGAUAGAUUUGUGCCGUGUACCUCAGUUUUACGUUUGAAAGCUGAUGCAGUGCCCACAAUUCUGGAAGUCCAGAAGGACCAUGUUAUGAAGGGACUGGACCAGAUAGCAAAUAAAAAAGUAAACAUUAUAUCCCAAUAUAUAAUAAAGCCAGAACCACAGACUCUUUUGGAUACCAAAUCAUUAAGUAAUGCAAACAGUGAAGUUACUGAACAUGAGAAAACAAAUUCCUCGCAGUCACCAUCCCAACGGAGCUGUCACACCAAUUUCAAGUACAGUUAGAUGUAGAAGGACUCUUUUUAAGGACGUUGAAGGCUUGUGUUCAACACAGAUAACACCAAGAAAGCAAAAGUUGAUGGUUAUUGUGAAGAGGAAGCAGGGUCGCUUGCGAUAGAUGCAGUUACAUCUUGAGCUCAGAUGACACUGAGCCAUGUAAUCAAUUUAUUUCCAGUAAGGAAUUCUCAAAUUCUAAGAAUAAAUUGUUUUAUCCUUCUAAACAGUUUAUUAUUGCGGUUGGUAUUGGUAUUACAGUUUUAGAGAAUAAGCUACCGAUUAUUUGUGAAAAGAAUAACCUACAAGAUGUAGCAACAAAUUUCCUUAACCAAGAAAUUGAUUUCUCAUUUAUUACUUGUGAGGAACAUUUUUAUUUUUUGAAAGAUUUUUUACUUAAAAGUAUAUGUAGAAUCGGAAUCCCAUGGUACUGUACAAGACUUGUCCGAAAUUUAAGAUCUGAAGCCAGCCGGCAAAUGUCAGCACGCACAAAAAGAAAAAUUUUGCAUAAAUAAUAACAAUACCAUUAAAUGUCUACUUCUUGGACAAUUCAUACACCUACAGUACC